UGCUGUGCUGCGCCGCUACUGUCAGGUAUUUCCCCCUUGUGCAAGAGAGAAGGAAACAACCUGCGACGCCUUCGAUGAUACACCCUCCGGGCCGUUCCUGCUGUUUCGAUUCUGCCGUCGUCCCGUCUCCUCCCCUCGUCGAGGCACCGCACGAAAAACAACAUGGCCGUGCUGGCUCUAGCCCCCGCCUCCAAGGGAAGAGGGACGAGAAGAGCUCGUCAUCCUCACAUGACCAUUCUAGCCGAGGAUGGGCGAGAUUUACCCAGUGUGCCGUGCUGGCCCUUGCACUAGCUGGGCCUCUUGGUGCAAUGGGCCAGGAGGAUGGUAGUAGCAGUUCCACGCCUGAUGGUGAGGGGGAAGACGCGGAGGAUUCGAGCGUCUUGGGGACGGUUGUCAGUUUCCUCGUGGUGAUAGUCCUGGUAGCUGCGUCGGGGCUGUUCUCCGGGCUGACCCUGGGCCUGCUAGGCUUGGACAAGAUCGGGCUGGAGAUCAUCAGCCACGGAGAUGAGCCUCGCAUGGCCGCUUUCGCUAAGAAAAUCCAACCCGUGAGGGCGGACGGCAACCUCCUCCUGUGCACGCUGCUGCUCGGCAACGUGGCCGUGAACGCCCUGCUCUCGAUCGUGAUGGCGCAGCUCACCUCCGGCUUGGUGGGGUUCGCCCUGGCGACGGUCAUCAUCACCAUCUUCGGCGAAAUCAUACCCCAGGCGGUAUGUUCGCGCCACGCUCUGCGCAUCGGGUCGAAAGUGGUGCCGCUGGUGAAGGGCAUCAUAUUCCUGCUCUACCCCGUUACCAAGCCGCUGAGCCUGAUGCUCGACAAGCUGCUGGGAGACGAAAUCGGCACCAUCCACUCGCGAAAGGAGCUGAGCGAGCUGCUCAAGAUCCACGUAGAGCACGGUGCCAUCGACGUGGAGACGGGCAGGGAGGUGGCCGGCGCGAUGAACUACAAAGAGCACACCGUUCGUGAGGUGAUGACGCCCGUCAAGGACUGCUUCAUGCUCAGCGUCUCUGAGAAGCUCAACUUCAAGACGCUUUCGGUCAUCUUCAAGAGCGGUUUCAGCCGCAUCCCGGUGUUCGCCAAAGACCGCAACGACGUGAUCGGGCUGCUGUUCACGAAGGACCUCAUCUUCAUCGACCCCGAUGACGAAACGCCUCUAAAAAACUUCGUACAGAUUUUCGGCAGGGCGGUCACGGUGGUCUGGCCGGAUUUUACCCUCGGGGACGUGCUAAAUGUCUUCAAGCAGGGGAAGAGCCACCUGAGUCUCGUGCGGGACGUCAACGACGCCGGCGAGGGAGAUCCAUUCUACGAAGUGGUGGGCAUCAUCACCUUGGAGGACAUAAUCGAAGAGAUCCUGGGAGAUGAGAUUGUCGACGAGACCGACGCCUUUGUCGAUAUGCAGAACCAGCUGCCGGUGCAAAGGAGCCAGUUCGACAUGUCCCGUCUCCAGCUCCUGAACGCCAACGCCGACAAGUCUGCCCUUUCGACCGACGAGGCUAAGGCCGUGGCGUCGCACCUCAUGGCCAACGUGCCUCAGUUCGAAGGCAUCAACGUGAGCCACGUGGAGUCGAUCAUCGCAGCUUCUCCUGUGGUGGAAGUAAACAAAGAGGACAAACACACCGGCAGGUCGGAGCCGGCACCAGCGGAGGUGCUGUAUCGCCGAGGACGCACGAGCACCAUGUGCACCCUCAUUCUCACGGGCAAGGUGGUCGUCUUGGCCGGCAGAGACGGCUUUCGUUCCGACGCCGGUCCUUGGACCGUUCUCGGAGCCGACGCCCUUGUGGAGGACGAGGGGGCGUACAAGCCGGACUUCUCCGCGCACGCGGGGAGCGAGCGCCUUCGCUGCGUGCGCAUCAGCAAGGCUUCCUUCGAUACCGUCAUGUCCAUGUCCAAGCAAGAGGAAGAAGAGCCCCACCACGCGUCGCGGGCGGAGCCCCACGGCGGAGGGAACACCGACGGCAACAACACCGACGGCAGCGGCAACAACAAGGCGGGCGUGACCGGCUACGUUAGAAAAAGCGGACCAAAACCGAGGGCAUUUUCGGACGAAGGAUCGAGGCAUCAAGCUGACCCAGCGACAAGCGGCAGCGUCGGUGCGGUUGGAGCAGGAACAAAGGCCGCGGGGAGAAUAACCCUGUCCCCGUCGAAAAUUCGCAGAGGCCUGCCGACCGGGGCGUCUCUGAAAAUUCUGCAAGCUGCGACGGGGGUUGCCAUGACUACUUCAUCGACCACUAGCACCCCGAUGCGAAGCAAGCACACGGAGGACGAACCUCUUGAGGCGCAAGAAGCUUCUCCGAGAGAAGAUACCGGUGCUGGUGCUAGCGCUGUCGCUUCAAACGGUACCGCUGAGGAGACUGGGAUCAGCAUGGUUGCCGCCACGCGCCCCGUUCCUAGCAGUCGGGUGUCGGGGGACGGAACGGGCGAUGCGGAAAGCAAUUGUAGACCGCCGGAAGAUGACGCGCUGGACAACUCGACGCCGAAGACCGCUGCACUGUAGAUUCAUAUGAGAUUCAUCAUUUCCGGGAAUACGGACACACUGCUGUAGUACCGUGUGCACGUACUUUUAUUUUGUUGUUCAGACUGAGUGAAUUAGUAGGAAAAAAAUACGUGGAUGGGCAUGCAAUGCUCGCGUUUAUCGUCUGGAGAUGGCUCGAUCGAUCGUACGUCAGUGUGAUGCAUGACGAAGAAGACUCCUAUUGUAGCGUUUGUUCUAUGUGGGUAGUUUAGGGUUUGGGGUUUAGGGUUAUUACUGUCUGCCGUGCUUGUUUUUGAUCUUUUGUAAAGAGAUUCCGAGGCGCCUACCAUAGUCCAGUCACGAUACCAAGCCAAAUGGUGAAAAACUGGCGUGGCAGGAUGUUUGAUUGCUUCCCGACGCUUGG